GGGAAUUGUUUCAGUUGCAAAGUCAUUUUAGUUGUUCGGAUUGUACUGUUUGAAUUGUGAUUGUAACUAUAAUUUGAGAAGAAUGUCUCGCUCAUUUUUAUUUGGUGGGAAUUCAUCGCUGCAAUCACAAAACAAAUAUUUAGUCGAAUUUCGUGCCGGUAAAAUGAGUAUGAAAGGAAAUAUGGUCUAUCCAGAUAAGAGAAAAGGUUUAGUUUACAUACAUCAGACUGAAGAUUGUUUGAUGCAUUUCUGUUGGAAGGAUAGAAAAACAGGAUUAGUCGAAGAUGAUCUUAUAAUUUUUCCUGAUGACGUCGAAUUUAAAAAAGUGGCUCAAUGCACUACUGGGAGAGUUUUCGUUCUAAAAUUUAAAUCAUCAUCUAGAAAAUGUUUCUACUGGAUGCAGGAGCCUAAAACAGAUAAAGAUGAUGAAUACUGCAGUAAAGUCAAUGAAUAUUUGAAUAAUCCACCACCUCUUGGCUCAAACCGUAACGGUGGCAAUAGUCUUGGUUCGGGAGGCUCGUCUCAAAGUAGCUCAUUACAGUCAGAAAUCAACAAUUUGACUCAAAAUGAUAUUCAAAAUUUACUGAAUAAUAUGAGUCAACAACAGCUUAUGCAAUUAUUGGGCAGUGUUGGUGGUGUAGGAGGCAUGCCUAAUUUUAAUGAACUUCUUGGUGGAAGCAGACCCACAAGUAGUCAGUCAAAUAUUUCUACUACAGAAUCAGCACCAGAAACAACAGUUUCAACUACACCAUCUGUAACUGUAACGACUGUUUCAUCAAAUACAGCUACCUCAGUAACUACCUCUGCUCCUUCAACUGCAACGACUGAAUCAAAUCCAUCACAUAUCCAGUUGAGUGAUCUUCAGAAUAUUUUAUCCGGAUUAAAUGUUCCAACUUCAAAAGAAGGAAGUGUUCAUACUUCAAUAGAUCUCUCAUCAGCUUUAACUGCAGAAACAUUACAACCUUUGUUUGAAAACCAGGAAUUAAUGGAACGCUUAAGAAGUUUACUGCCCACUCCGUUAGAAUCUUCAGCUGGACAAGAAAGUUCAGUUGUUGGUGAGACGUUACGUUCAACCAUUCAGUCUCCUCAGUUUCAACAGGCACUCAGCAUGUUUAGUGCAGCUUUACAGUCUGGUCAACUAGGACCAUUAAUGCAACAGUUUGGAAUGGCACAAGAAGUUGUUGAUGCUGCUAAUUCAGGAGAUUUAGAAGGUUUUGUGAAAGCCUUACAAAAAGCUAAUGAGAAAAAGCAAGCUGGAGAGAAAAAGAAAAAUGAUAAAGAUGAUGAUGAAGAAAUGAGUUUAGAUUAAUACUUUCUCAAGAUUUUUUUAUUUUAAAAAUUUGUUGACAGUUAAUGAAUAUCAAAGAAUGUCAAAUAUAAUAUAAUAUCAAAGAAUAAUCAAAUAUUAAUAAUUCAAAAAAAAAUUAAAUAAUUAUUUAAACUGCUGUAUUUAGCAUUCACAGAAAAUCUCUCUUAAGAUAUUCUUGGAGGAUGAUUGUUUUUAGCCUGUAUCUUCCAAACCUUAGUUUUUGAUUGACGAACUGGUUCUAUUCUGUAGUUUAAAGACACUCCAAACAGCUGUAGUGCUUUCCAGGGAAAUAAUCUAAAGUAAAAAAAAAUUUUCUUCUUGUCAACGAAACAAAUUCAUAUUGUAUCAUUUUUUUUUAAAUAAACACAUUUAAGCAAC